AUGGUUACUGUAGCAUCAUCAAACCUGCUUUCUCCUCUUCAUUCUCCUUCCCAUGGUAAAAAAGACUAUGACUAUCCUCCCAUUUCUACUUCUUUUGAAUGCUUCACUUCUUCCUCUAAUCAGAGCCCGAAACGCUCCUGUGGAUUAUACCCCGACGCAGAAUUUUAUAAAAUUGAGGCGAUUAUAAGACCAUGGCGAGUUCAGCAGGUUUCUUCGGCUCUUCUUCAAAUGGGUAUUCGUGGUGUUACGGUCUCUGAUGUUCGAGGCUUCGGUGCUCAAGGAGGUUCAACAGAGAGACACGGAGGCUCGGAAUUUUCAGAAGACAAGUUUGUUGCUAAAGUCAAGAUGGAGAUUGUGGUGAGCAAGGACCAGGUGGAAUUUGUGAUAGACAAGAUAAUUGAGGAAGCAAGGACUGGUGAAAUUGGUGAUGGCAAGAUUUCUUGAUACCUGUAGCAGAUAUUAUAAGAGUUCGCACAGGUGAGCGCGGAGAGAAAGCUGAGAGGAUGACCGGAGGCCGUGCUGAUAUGUCAGCCACUACAUUGACCUAAGUUACAAUAUCGAUGUCGCUGAUUAGCGGAGCAUACACAUACUUUAAGCAUACUGCCUGCUGCUGCAUGUUGUAGACAUGGAGAAGCUUAUGAUAAUACUGCCAUUGUUGCGUAUUAAUAUUUCCUGAUGCUGGAAUGAAUAAGUAAAAGAAAGGACUAGUCAUGGAGUUUUA